AUGGAGGCUUGUAGCAGAGCUGCAGUGGUGGGUUCUUCUCUUCAGCAAUCUGUUUGGGUUAAGGGAUCAACUUUCCCUUUAAAGGGUGAAGUGAAACUUAAUAGGGUCAAAUUAUGGUCUGUUAAGCCUUGCAAAGCCUCUCAACUUGAAGGGAGCUUGGUUUCAAGAAGGCCUCCUUCUUCAGUUUCUGUUCCUAUCCCAGAAAUGGAAAGUGCUGGGAACAACUUUAUAGAUUAUGGAUUGGGUGAAGCUGAUCCUGAAGUUCGUGGUAUUAUUGACAAAGAGAAGGAACGUCAAUUUCGAAGCUUAGAGCUUAUUGCCUCUGAGAAUUUCACAUCUCGAGCAGUGAUGGAGGCAGUUGGUUCUUGCCUUACAAACAAAUACUCCGAAGGACUACCAGGCAAAAGAUAUUAUGGUGGAAACGAGUACAUUGAUGAGUUAGAAAUACUUUGUCAAGAGAGGGCUUUGGCAACUUUUAGCUUAGAUGGAAAACAGUGGGGUAUCAAUGUUCAACCCCUACCUGGUUCUCCAGCAAAUUUUGAAGUCUACACAGCAGUUCUCAAUCCACAUGACCGGAUUAUGGGAUUGGACUUGCCUCAUGGGGGGUCAUUUGUCCCAUGGAUUUAUGACUCCUAA